GUCUGCGUGUGUGUGUUUACGUGUAGGUGUGGCGAAGUUCUGAUGCACAAUGUACCAUACUGUCCGUAAGGACGUUUCUUCUUCUUGUGAGAUCUAGUCCCAUGAUUCUAAAAGAGAUUGAGAGACAAAAUGAUUCGCUUCUUGCUGCUGUUCAGCAAGCAGGGAAAGCUACGUCUGCAGAAAUGGUUCACACCAUUAACAGAUCGAGAGAAGAAGAAGGUGAUCCGGGACAUGAUGACGAUUGUGUUGGCCCGUACGCCGCGCUCGUGCAACUUCCUGCAGUGGAGAGACCUCAAGAUUGUCUAUAAAAGGUACGCCAGCCUGUAUUUCUGCACUGGUCUGGAGGAGCAAGAUAAUGAGCUGCUGAGCCUUGAGGUGCUGCACAGAUUUGUUGAACUGCUGGAUAAAUACUUUGGCAAUGUGUGUGAGCUGGACAUUAUUUUCAAUUUUGAAAAGGCGUAUUUUAUUUUGGAUGAAUUCUUGAUGGGAGGCGAAGUGCUAGAAACCUCCAAAGUGGCCGUGGGUGUCUCUCUGCAGGAGGCUGACGAACUCCAAGAGCAGACAAUGGAGGAAUAUAUGAGCAAACCUAUGUAUUGAGCCUAUGACAGACCUCUCCCACCUCAGGAUAUAAACCAAAACGUUUAAAUCUGUGCAAUAUUUUCACUUUUUCAUGAACCACAAAGUGCUUCUGUAAAUUAGCAUCCAAUAUUUUUUGCAAAAGCUUACAUUUCAAAAAAUUCUUCUUUUUGAAAGAAAUAAUUAUUAACAUACUAUAUUUACAAAAUGUACUCUGUUUUAUUUUGCUUCUUGAGAGGGAGGCUCUGGCUUCAAAUCUCAGCUCGGUCUUCUUUCUUGGAUUAUUUGAAGAUUAAGUUUUCCAUAGGUGCAAAAAUAAGUCUGAAUGGUUGUUUAUAUAUGGCUUGGAAUGGAUGUAAAUGGUUGGGUAGAUGCAUGUUAAAUUGAUUCUAAAAAAACAGAUAGCACUUUUAUUCGUGUAUGCAAGGACACCUAAUUAUAGUACAACUAAAUAUUGCAUUCAUAAUUGCCCUAAAAAUUUUACUACACUGUCUAUGAAUUGUUUCCAGUGUCUGUGCUAGUGGCUAAGAUUUUAUUUUUAUUUUAUUGUGGCAUUAUAUCUUAGCUUUCUAGAAAAAAAAUUCUCUAUAGCUUUUAUUCUUGUUUGCUGAUUUGAAAAAAAAUCUAUGUUGUCAAUGAGAGGAAAAAAAGAACACAACUCGGUAAGGAAAAAUAAAGUCAAUGCUUUAUUAACCUCAAA